AUGGGCGACGAGUACGCGCGCUCCCCGUGCGAACGUUUCCCGACGGUGGGCGCGUUCAGCGUGGCCCCGCCGGAGCGGCUCAGCCCGCCGCCGCCCGCGCCGCUGCCGGACCGGUUCUCGGCCUCGCCGCGGCGUGUGCGUCGGACUGCGGAAGCGGAACGGGCGAGAAGACCACGUUAUGUGCCCCCCGCGGCGCACGUCCCGGUGGAGCGGUACGUGCCGCGGCCGCCGGCCCCCAUCAGGGCUCCGCCGCCGGUGUACUGUGGACUGGCGUGUCGACCACCUCCGGCGGCCAGUCGCAAGUGUUGUGGUCCAGCAUGUCGCGAGGAGAUGGGCAGCUCUCCGCCGCCGCGCUACGUGGAGUACGUGAGCGCGGCGGGCGCCAGGCGACUAGCCUGUACGCCACCACCUCCGCCGCCGCCUGCGCUGCAGCUUUGCGACCCGCAGGAACCGCCUUGCUGUGCACAAGCGAGGAGGAGAAACCAACAAGCACAUGACUGGUGA